AGCUGGUUCGGCUUCAGCCCGCCGCCGCGCGGCUUUCCCUAGGAGAGGCCACUCUAUGCAGGCUGAGCCCAAGACGAGCCAUCGAGGCUGAAGCCAUGGCCGAGCGGCCCAAGCUCAGUUGGCUACAAGAUGACGCGGAGGCCGGGCCAGAGCUCGCCGGCAUGUCCAAGGCAGCGGCCCCGGCACCGCCUGGCGCGGCGCCCGCGGGCGAGGGGCCGUCCAUGGGGGCGGCGGGCGCCCCCGUGCUGCCCACGGCGAUGAUGCCAGGCAUGAUGAUGCCAGGGCUCUUGCCGGGGAUGAUGAUGCCAGGCAUGAUGCCCGGGCUGAUGCCGGGUGUAACGAACCCCAUGAUGAUGGCCAUGAUGUCGAAUCCCAUGAUGGCCAUGAUGAUGGGCGGCCAAGGUUUGGCAGCGGCCGCUGAGACCAGCCAGCCGCAAGAGGAAGAGAAGAAGAAGGUGGAUUCGCCGAUCGACCCCCGGGUGCGGGAGCUAUGCCGGGACUAUGGCAUCGAGGACAGGCUUAUGCGGAAGCUGAACGAUGUUAUGAUGCGUCGGCCGGACACCUUCGAGGAUGACUUGAGAACAGUUCGCGCCAGACUAUCAAAGGAGCGGCCUGACAUCGGGGUGCUCAUCACACAGCUGGACCGCGGCAUCUUCGUGACCAAGGCCAACAUCCAUCCGGACAUGAAGCUCAUCGUGGACAAGUACAACUUGGAUGAUCGCGCGACUCAGCGCCUGGUGGAAAGCAUGCGGAAGCGCAGAAAGACCAUGAACGAGGACCUCAAGGCGCUGGAUAUUCGGCUCGCCAGCGCGGAGCGGCCCUCGGGCCUCCUGAUGACUCUGCUGCAGGGCUUGGACACCACGGGGAAGCUGCCAGCACCUCCCAAGUCGCUGGGACUGCCAGAUCCGACCGUGCCCACGGCGAAUGCGAAGACGACCUCGCGCAGCUAUGGCAGCCGCGAGCCAGAGGAGAAGCCAAAGGAGAAGGACAGAAGCAGGGAUCGAGAUCGAGACCGAGAUCGGGACCGGGAUCGGGACAAGAAACGCUCGAGAUCACGGCGGCGCAAGUGAGAGAGCUUCCCGCGGGGGCCUGGAGAUUGCCAGACUUAACCUCGCUUUGCUUGCCAUUGGGUUCCUUCAUUUUCCUUGGGAAUCGUUUGAUCCUUUGGGGGAGGCAGAGGCGAGUGCUUUCUCUUGCGUGCGAUUGUUUCACUAUCAGAACGGGAGAAGAUUCCGCCUGGCGAGGGCGGCAUAUGUGGGGCAG